AUGGAGAGUGGACAGAGGGUGUCGCGGAGAGGCCGCAAGCUGGGCUCCAGUCGCCGGCAGCAGAUGAGAGAGCCGGCCGACGGCCAGGACGCCCCAGUGGCCCCAGAGCCCCUGUCCUGGUCCGCUCAGGCACAAGAAGAGCUGCAGGAUUUCUUCCAGAACUGUGGGGCCAAGGAGAGGGGUUUUGUCACCCGCCAGGACCUGGAGGUAGCCAAGUUCAGCUUCCUGGGCAGCGAGGACGAGCUGGAGAUGAUCUUCAACUGGGUGGACGUGGAGCGGAAGGGACGCCUCUCUCUUGAGGAAUUCAGCUCUGGACUCAAAAACAUCUUUGGCUCCAGCCUGAGCACCCACAGGCUCCGGAGGCGGAGGCCACGGCCCGCUAAGAGGUUACCCACAGCCACCAGCUUCCUGGAGCUGGAGGAGGCCGACGCCGAGGAGAGAGAGGCCUUCCUCACCUUCAUGGAGCAGCUGGGGACUGGCCCCUUCCUUCCCGAGCAGGCAGAGAUCUGGCGGCUGUGGAGGAAGCUGCGGCAGGAGGAGCCCCAGCUGGCAGGCAACCUGGAGGGCUUCCUGGCCAGGAUGAGCAGCCGCCUGCAGGAGGUGCAGGCCAGCAAGGAGGCGCUGGAGCUGACCCUGAGGAAGUGUGACUCUGACCACCACCGCGAGGUGCAGCGGCUUUACGAGGAAAUGGAGCAGCAGAUCGUCCAAGAGAGGCAGCAGCUGCAGGCCGAGGUGGGCUCCCUGCCUCGACUCCGGGGCCUGGCCCUCAGCUCCCAGGUGCACGAUGUCCUGGCGGCCAAAGAACUCAAGGCGCAGCAGCUGGCCGCCGGCCACAGGGAGCUGGAGGCCCAGCUCCAACGCCUUAGCAGCACCCAGCAGGAGGCCAGCGCCGAGAACCUACAGCUUCGGGAGGCCGAGCGGGACCUGGCCGGGCGGCUGGAGGAGGUGCGGGGGCAGCUGCAGGUGACCAGGGGGCACCUGGCCUCCGCCAGGGGCCGAGUGUCCUGGCAGACAGAGGACCAACCAAGUGUCCCCAGCACGAGGGAAAAGGUCCCGGAUCCUCCAGCCACCGCCCCCGAGGAGGCCCCCCUGCCUGAGUUGUUUGGGGACAAUGAUGACUGGGACCAGCUCCUGAGCGGCUUCCGCAGCCCUCCACACGGGGCUCUGCAGCUCACCUGGAGCCCGCCCCCCCACCCCGAGAGCGCCUCAGGCCCCCAGACGCCCCGCGUGGUCAGACAGAUCUCCAUCUCAGAGCCACAAGCCCUGCCAUCUGCGCAGGAGCCAGCUGCACGUUCAGAUGGGGCUCCAAGCCUCCUCCCUGGGGUGCUCGCCCUGGCCAAGGACAGGGAAGGGGUGGAGCAUGGUGGACGGGACAUUGGCCCAGAGCCACUAGUCCAGGCUCAGAGCCUGGAGCCCACGUUCAAGCCAGGGCCCCCAGCAGAGGCCCAUUUCCUCUAUGAACCCCCAGGAGCCCCAGGCGGGGAGUCACAGAGCCUGGAGGCAGCGGCACUGCGCAUGCUCAUGCCCCUGGAGGCUGAGCCCCCUCCCCAAGGUCUGGAAGAGGAACCCAGAGAGGAGGAGGAGGAGAUAAAAGGAGUGGGGGGUGGCAGCCGGUCCCCGGGCUCAGCGCAGGCACUUGAGGCUCCUGGCCUGCCGCUGGGGCCUGGGGAGCAGUCCCAGGACAGAGCCCUGCCUGCCCCUCUCCCGUUGCAUACAGCACCGGCUCGAGCAGGAACAGAAGCCCCUGGUCCUGGCAAACCGCCCCCUGCCAGUGGUCCCCCUCCCAUGGCUCUGCCCAGGGCCGCAGCAGGGCCUCAGGGGCCCACACAGACCUUCCCCUCUGUGCCGGAGCCAGGAGCCCGACCCAGGCCCCCAGCCACAAAUGCUCACCAAGAAGGAUGGCCAGGCUCCCCUAGAUCCCGGGAGGCCAGGGCAGAGGGCCGGCCUGAAGAUCCAGGAACGGACUCUGGGGAGGCUGGGCAGCUCCUGGCCCUGGGGGACCACAGGCCUGGCGAACCCCUGGCCUGCCCUGACUAUGUCUUCCAUGUCAUCUUCCUGGGAGACUCUGGUGUGGGCAAAACAUCCUUCCUGCACCUGCUGCACCACAACAGCUUUGCCAGUGGCCCGACUGCAACUGUGGGAGUGGAUUUUCGGGUCAAAACCCUGCUGGUGGACAACAAGUGGUUUGCACUGCAGCUCUGGGACACGGCUGGCCAGGAGAGGUACCACAGCCUGACGCGGCAGCUGCUGCGCAAGGCCGACGGAGUCGUCCUCAUGUACGACCUCACCUCCCAGAGCAGCUUUGCCCGCGUGCGCUACUGGCUGCACUGUCUCCAGGACGCCGGGGCGGACGGGGUGGCUGUCCUCCUCCUGGGAAACAAGACGGACUGCGAGGAGGUGCGGCAGGUGCCUACCGAAGCUGGGCGGCACCUGGCCCAGGAGCUGGGGGUCUCCUUUGGGGAGUGCAGCGCUGCCCUGGGUCACAACAUCUUGGAGCCCAUGGUGAGCCUGGCCAGGUCCCUGAGGGUGCAGGAAGACCGCCUGAAACGCUCGCUGGUGGACGUGGUCCCCAAGAGGCCACCCAAGAGAGCCGGCUGCUGCUCCUGA